UCUCCAGUCAAAAAGGCCGGCAAGACGUCAAGCCCCGGAGGGAAGAAACCGCCCCCGACACCUCAGCGCAACUCCAGCAUCAAGUCCACGAGCUCCGCCGAGUACCACGAGUCCAAGAGACCUUCGGUAGACCGCCUUGUCAGCAAAUUUGCACACCCACCGGAGCCGUCAGGCUCUCCUUCCAAGGAGUCCUCACCUCCUCCAGCCCCACCAAAGCCAGGAAAGCUCAACCUGUCCGGGGUGAGCCUGCCCAUUGUCCUUCCACAGGGCGGGAUCCCAGCCAAGCCUUCUGCUCCGGGUGUGUCUGGGAAGGAACCGGUGGUCGAAUUCCCUUCGCCACCAUCCGAUUCGGACUUC